AUGGAGUGGUUCCAGUCUCAGGCUGCUCACUUCGACCCCCGGUUCUUCCCCAUCCUACCACCGCAGUUCUUCCCCCCGGCCUACUUCAUCAUGCCGGACCAGUUCUACCCCCCGUCCCACCCCGUUCUGAGAUCCGCCUCCUACUACCCUCCACCCGCAACGAUGGGGAAGAACGAACACCACGUCCCAUCCGUCCAGGAGGAGAUUCUGGGAGGAAACGCCACGUCUCCUGUGACACCACCUGAAGGUGGACGUGUAGACGAUGGCUGUGUGAUCACUGCUCAGGCUCAUGCCACUGACGUGCUCACACUCGAUCUACAUGCGGCACCAGAAACACCAGCACCAGCUGAGUCAGAGCCCGAACCUCAACCCACCUCCAGUCUGCCACCUGAAACUGUGGGCGUCGAGGAGCCUUUGUCCUCCAGACCCGCGAGUCCAAAGGCACUGAUGUGGGGCGAGAUAAUGGACAGCGUCGACCCAAUCCCAUCCAGACCCUCAACUCCCACAUUACUCCCUUGGGGAGAACUAAUGGAGGAAAUGGGGCGCCAAAAGGAUGGAGGGGCAGGUGGACGACAUCCUGGAGGUCGUCCCUCAGUAACAUCGACACGCCCUGACUGGAAAUGA